UGCCUUCGCUUCACCGUCCUUCGCAGACACUGAAACGAAGACAUUUCAAUGUGAAAUUGAUAAAGUCUUUUCUGGGUGCCUGCCGACUUCUUUUCGAUGUAAUUUGAAUUUGAAUGAACGUGGUAAAAGCGCGCUGCACGUUCGUUAAUUUUUUUAUAUAUAGUCAAGAAUUGAAAGCGCGUCGAUUGUGAAAAGAGAGAAAGGAGAUCAUAUGGAGGUGAUGGAAAGCUACUUGAAUGACAACUUUGGAGGAGUCAAGGCCAAGCAUUCCUCCCAUGAGGUUUUGCAAAAGUGGAGGGAGGUUUGCAGCGUUGUCAAGAACCCCAAGCGGAGGUUCCGAUUUACUGCCAAUCUCUCCAAGCGUUACGAGGUCGAUGCUAUGCGCAAAACCAAUCAGGAGAAACUUAGGAUUGCAGUUCUGGUUUCGAAAGCUGCGUUUCAGUUCAUCCAAGGUGUGCAGCCCAGUGACUAUACCGUCCCUGAGGAAGUCAAAGCUGCUGGUUUUCAGAUUUGUGCUGAUGAGUUAGGAUCUAUUGUGGAAUGCCAUGAUGUAAAGAAAUUGAAAUUUCAUGGAGGAGUAGCUGGCAUUGCACAAAAACUCUGCACAUCAACCACUGAUGGACUCACUACUACCAGUACUGAUCUACUGAAUCGCAGACAAGAGAUUUUUGGAAUUAAUAAAUUUGCUGAGUCUGAAGCACGAGGUUUCUGGAUAUUUGUUUGGGAAGCUCUUCAUGACAUGACUCUUAUGAUCCUUGGUGUGUGUGCCUUUGUGUCAUUGAUAGUUGGCAUCACAAUCGAAGGAUGGCCAAAGGGAGCACAUGAUGGCCUUGGCAUUGUUGCUAGCAUACUAUUGGUUGUGUUUGUCACAGCAACAAGUGAUUAUCGCCAAUCUUUACAGUUCAAGGAUCUGGAUAAGGAGAAGAAGAAGAUCACCAUUCAGGUCACAAGAAAUGGAUUUAGGCAGAAAAUGUCAAUAUAUGAUUUACUUCCUGGUGAUAUUGUACACCUUGCUAUUGGAGACCAAGUCCCUGCAGAUGGGCUUUUUGUCUCUGGAUUUUCUGUGUUAAUUGAUGAAUCAAGUUUGACUGGGGAGAGUGAACCAGCAAUGGUGAGUGCUGAAAAUCCUUAUAUGCUUUCAGGUACUAAGUUACAGGAUGGAUCGUGCAAGAUGUUGGUCACCACUGUUGGAAUGAGAACCCAAUGGGGUAAGUUGAUGGCAACUCUCAGUGAAGGUGGAGAUGAUGAAACCCCAUUGCAGGUAAAACUGAAUGGGGUUGCAACCAUUAUUGGCAAGAUAGGCCUUUUCUUUGCCAUAAUAACAUUUGCUGUAUUAGUGCAAGGACUUCUUACCCAAAAAUUGCAAGCAGGUACCUUUUGGACUUGGUCUGGAGAAGAAGCAUUGGAAAUGUUAGAAUUCUUUGCUGUUGCAGUUACCAUCAUUGUCGUUGCAGUUCCAGAAGGUCUGCCACUAGCUGUAACACUGAGCCUUGCCUUUGCCAUGAAGAAGAUGAUGAAUGACAAAGCACUAGUUCGACACUUAGCUGCUUGCGAGACUAUGGGGUCAGCAACAAGUAUAUGCAGUGAUAAAACUGGGACGCUAACCACCAACAGGAUGACUGUCGUGAAGUCAUGCAUUUGCAUGGACGUAAAGGAAGUGAGCAAAGAAAAUCAGGAAAGCUUCAGCUCACAAAUUCCAGACUCUGCUAUGAAACUUCUGCUACAAUCAAUUUUCAAUAAUACAGGGGGUGAAAUUGUUGUUAACAAAGAUGGCAAACGUGAGAUAUUGGGAACACCAACAGAGACUGCUUUAUUAGAGUUUGGCUUGUCUCUGGGUGGAGAUUUUCAGGCAGAGAGACAAGCAUCAAGACUUGUCAAAGUUGAACCCUUCAACUCUACAAAGAAACGGAUGGGAGUAGUCCUGGAGCCUCCUGAAGGUGGAUUAAGAGCUCAUACUAAGGGUGCUUCUGAAAUAGUUUUGGAUGCUUGUGACAAGGUAAUCAAUUCAAGUGGCGAAGUUGUUCCCCUUGAUGAAACAUCCAUUAACCAUCUGAAAGUUACUAUAAAUCAGUUUGCUAGUGAGGCUCUACGAACUCUGUGUCUGGCCUAUAUGGAGCUGGAAAAUGGUUUCUCUCUCAACAAUCCUAUCCCAACUUCUGGGUUUACUUGUAUAGGAAUUGUGGGAAUUAAAGAUCCUGUUCGCCCUGGUGUCAAGGAGUCUGUUGCAACUUGUCGUUCAGCUGGAAUCACUGUACGCAUGGUUACAGGUGACAACAUUAACACCGCAAAGGCUAUAGCCAGGGAGUGUGGAAUCCUUACUGAUGAUGGUAUAGCCAUUGAAGGUCCAGAUUUCCGUGAAAAGAGUCAAGAGGAAAUGCUUGCCUUAAUUCCUAAGAUUCAGGUCAUGGCACGAUCGUCACCUAUGGACAAGCAUACUCUGGUAAAGCAAUUGCGAACUACAUUUGAUGAAGUUGUUGCUGUGACUGGUGAUGGAACAAAUGAUGCUCCAGCACUUCAUGAGGCAGAUAUUGGACUUGCUAUGGGCAUAGCUGGAACUGAGGUGGCUAAAGAGAGUGCUGAUGUCAUAAUUUUGGACGAUAAUUUCUCAACAAUUGCUACUGUGGCCAAAUGGGGACGUUCGGUUUACAUAAAUAUUCAAAAAUUUGUACAAUUUCAGUUGACAGUUAAUGUGGUUGCUUUGGUUGUUAACUUCUCUUCAGCUUGUUUGACUGGGCGUGCCCCACUUACAGCUGUUCAGCUAUUGUGGGUCAAUAUGAUCAUGGAUACACUGGGAGCAUUGGCACUUGCCACAGAGCCACCAACAGAUGAACUAAUGAAGCGCGCACCAGUUGGAAAGAAAGGGAAUUUCAUCACUAAAGUAAUGUGGAGGAAUAUCUUAGGCCAGUCUUUUUAUCAGUUUGUGGUUGUAUGGUAUCUUCAGGCAAAAGGAAAAGAUCUAUUUAAUCUUGACGGCCCAGAUGCUGAUCUGAUCUUGAACACGCUUAUUUUCAAUUCAUUUGUCUUCUGUCAGGUUUUCAAUGAGGUAAGCUCACGAGAGAUGGAGAAGAUAAAUGUUUUGAAGGGCAUUCUGAACAACUACGUUUUUGUGGCUGUUCUUGGCUGCACAGUUUUAUUCCAAAUCAUAAUCAUUGAAUACCUAGGUACAUUUGCCAACACAUCACCCCUUACUUUAGAGCAGUGGUAUUUUAGUGUGCUGGUUGGUUUCAUAGGCAUGCCUAUUGCUGCUAUCUUAAAGAUGAUCCCUGUGUGAACCAUGACAAAAAACCAGAGGCAAUAUUUAACAAAAACCUUGAUUCAUUUUGAAAUACUGCAAAACUUCUCCCAGAGAAAUAGAUUUUGUUUUUUGGUUUCCUUUUCUAUUGGUUCGUAUUAGGUAAGUUUUGUCUGUUUAUAUGGAAUAUACUCUUCAUCUCCAAAUAAUUUACCCCGUAGAAUUUUGUCGAGAUUUAUAUUUAUUCUUUUGGUGGGCGAUGCUGGAGGUACCAUUGAUUUUUCUACUCUCUGUUUGUUAGCGGAUGGGAUGAAAGUUGUUGUGUGACUUGGGCAUUUCAGUGGAAGUUGUAAAGAAUUCUUUUGUAAAAACGCCUCGAUGAAUAAAUUAAAUAUCAAAUU